ACCUGGCUGGAUGGCACUCAGGAGCAGCCACUCCACCAGGAGAGAUCUCUUGAGCAGGAGAGAGCUGCCUUGGCCACCUGACCUCUGCAGCCAGACCUGACCUCAAGGAGCAGAGAGAGCCACAGAAGGCAAAUUUCAUCCUCCUGAAUCCAGGGGAGAUUGAAAGCUUCCAGACUAAGAUGCAAAUGUCCUGCACGAAGCCCAGACGUCACUUGUGAGCUCCAGGCACCAUCGUGACGACAAGCCACCCAUCCUACAUCUCAGUACCUGCAACCAGUGGGUUCUUCAUGGCUCCUCCCUACAGCCCCCCAAGUUCUUGGACUCCUCUGGCCACUCUGACCUUGCUAUGGGCCUCUUUGGCCUGGACAGAGGGGCGGCCUGCGUGCCCUUCCUGUGGGAUGCCCUCUCUGGAGCCAAGCGCUGAGAAAGCCUUCCUAAUCGAAGUGGCCAAACAGCAGAUCCUGGAAAAGUUGCAUCUGAGCGAGAGGCCCAACAUCACCCACCCCGUACCACGUGUGGCUGUAGCCAAUGCCCUGCGGCGGCUGCACAUGGGCAAAAGCUGGGCAGAUGGACGGACUCCCCUCUGGGACAACGCCGAGUCCGAUGAGCAGAAGUAUGAGGUCAUCAGUUUUGCAGAAACAGAGCCCUCUGGGAAACUGCAGUUCCAAUUCUCCCACACAAAAGGCCAAGACAUGCGGAUCCACCAGGCCCAGCUAUGGCUGUACCUCAAGAGCCACCAAAACAUUACAUUACAAGUUUACCAAGGAAACCACCAGCUAGCAGAGCAGCAGCUGCAGACCAAGGGGUGGCACACCUUCUCCCUCACGUCUGCCAUGCAGAGCUUCUUUGAGCGUGAGGAGAAGACCCUACUCCUGGACUUGCAGUGCAAAGGUUGCCACCAUCCCAGCAUCACAAACCUGUUGACUUACAGCAGCAGUUCUCACCAGCCCUUCCUGGCAGUUAAAGCCAAGAUACGGGAGCCUGGUCACCGGGUCGCCAAGCGCAGCCUGAACUGUGACCAGAACUCCAAUGUGUGCUGCCGAAAAGACUAUUACGUCAGCUUCCGAGAUAUUGGCUGGAACGACUGGGUCAUCAAACCAGAGGGCUAUCAGAUAAACUAUUGCAUGGGGGAGUGCCCCAUACAUCUGGCUGGUGCACCCGGUAUGGCAGCCUCCUUCCACACCACCGUCUUCAACUUAGUCAAAGCCAACAAUAUCCGGACUGCUGGCCGCUCAUGCUGUGUCCCCACACAGCGACGAGCCCUUUCUCUGCUCUACGUUGACCCCAAUUUCAACCUCCACAAGAAAGAAAUCCCUGACAUGGUGGUUGAUGCUUGUGGAUGCAGCUAAGGAUAGCAUUCUAAGUACCUGGAAAGCUGAAAGGGGUGGAGGGGAAAACAAGGACUUGUCCGUCAUGGUGCUUCAAUCCAGGUUAGGAGUAGAGAUGGGCACGAACUGGAAAAAAACCAAACCAUGCGGUUCGUGGUUCGUCAAAUUUCAUGAACCACGAACUUUCAUGAACCUGCCCCUGGUUCGUGAACCAGAUUGUUUGGUUCAUGAAAACUUCACAUCCGUGUCAGAAAAUCAUCACUUCCGGGCCAGCAGAAGGUCACUUCCGGGUCAGCAGAAGAUCUGCAGGAAGUCCAUCCCCUGUUGCCUAGGAAACUGAUUGAUUGGCACCAGGCUGUCUGCAAUCAUGAACCAAAAAACGAAUCAAA